AUGUGUGAUUUGAAACUCCUCUUGAAUUUUUGGCCAUCUAUAAAGCAUCUGUUCACCAGUGGGAUCUAUAUCCUGCACCUGAUUUGCAGUGUUUUGGCAUUCAAUGCCUUUGUCAUUUCUAUAACUUACACACCAAAGUAUUUGGAGCAGCAGUUUGGACAAAGCGCAUCAAAGACCAAUUUUCUCAUAGGAGUGAUGUCUAUUCCACCACUGGUUCUGGGUAUGUUCCUCAGUGGCUGGAUAAUGAAGAGGUUUAAACUAGGUCUGCUGGGAUCUGCAAGACUGAUGUUUUUCACCUCUGUAACCUCAUUGGUUUGCAUAAUACCUUACUUUGCUCUCAGCUGUGAAAACAUAGAUGUCGCUGGGAUCACGGUGCCAUAUCAAAGAACUUUUGAAGUUCAAGAUGUAAGCCAUGAUUUACUUACUUCUUGCAAUGCUGGGUGUCCUGACUUCCUAUGGGAUCCAGUGUGUGGACAGAACGGAGUGACCUACAUCUCUCCUUGUCAUGCUGGCUGCAAUUCCACUCUGGGUACAAGACAGAAUAUGACAUUCCAUGGCUGUACAUGUAUCCAGAGCUGGGGACUGACUUCUGGGAAUUCCUCUGCAGUGCUUGGACAGUGUUCGCGAGAGAGUAGCUGCACUAAAAUGUUCUACAUCUAUCUGGCACUGCAGUCUCUCGCCUUCUUUGUUUACUGUCUGGGCACAGUUCCUUUCUUCCUCAUCUCAUUGAGGAUUGUGGAUCCUAUGCUGAAGUCUCUCUCAAUGGGAAUAUUUCUGUUAGUUUUAAGAGUCUUCGGUGGCAUUCCUGCUCCCAUUUGCUUUGGAGCUCUUAUUGACACAACCUGUCUGAAAUGGGGCCAAAAUAAAAGCGGUGAAAGAGGUGCAUGCAGAAUGUAUGACAUUGAAACUUUCAGGUACCUAUUUCUGGGACUGGUGAGCUCUCUUCAGGCAUUUAGCUAUACCCUUUUAUGGAUUUUCACCACACAGAUUAAGAAGAAAGUACAGUACGAUGAGAAAAUGUCCAAGGACAUAGAACUCCAAUACCCUAUGCUACGUGAUCCAGAACAGGAAAAUAAUAUAAAAUAA